GCAAACUAUUCUUCGCCGGAAAAAAAAGUAGAGACGAAGCCAUGGUUAAGUUUCUGAAGCAGAACAAAGCUGUGAUCCUCCUUCAAGGUCGUUAUGCCGGCAAGAAGGCUGUGAUCAUCCGUUCCUUCGACGACGGCAACCGCGAGCGUCCUUACGGACACUGCCUCGUCGCCGGGCUCAAGAAGUACCCCAGCAAGGUCAUCCGCAAGGACUCAGCCAAGAAGACGGCGAAGAAGUCGAGGGUCAAGUGUUUCAUCAAGGUCGUUAACUACCAGCAUCUGAUGCCUACUCGUUACACGUUGGACGUGGAUCUGAAGGAGGUUGCGACUCUCGAGGCUCUGGCUUCGAAGGACAAGAAGGUGGCGGCUCUUAAGGAGGCUAAGGCUAAGCUCGAGGAGAGGUUCAAGUCUGGAAAGAACAGGUGGUUCUUCACCAAGCUAAGGUUCUGAGAACCGAGUUUCUUUUUAUCUUUUGUAAUGGAAUUUACAGAUUGCUUUUGUAGUUCUAGAAUGAAUGUGGAUCAUGUUUUGGAUGGAUUAAGACUUUUUUAUUUGAAAGAAUUUGCCUUUUUUUAAUCA